AGCGAGCGGGUUCCGCGGCUGCUCGGGCUCGGCCUGAGGAGGCUCAGCGCGCUCGCCCCAGCGCGGGACUCUGUGGCCGGCGCGCGGGAGCAGCAGGCCGGCGGCCGUCGCCAAGGCCCGGGGCCAGCGGGGCUUCGGGGGCGAGGCCCGCGCGGCGGCGGGGCGAAUGUGACGCGCCCCCACCCCCCACGCCGCCCCCCACGCCGCCUUUUCCUCCCGAGUGCGCCGAGCCGCGCGGCGACCCCGGGGCCCCGCCAGGCCACAGACCCCGCCCAGCGGCCAGCAGCAGCCGGAGCAGGCGGGCAGGCCCCGACGGCGGCGCGGCGGCCACCAUGCAGGUCACCCUGAAGACCCUCCAGCAGCAGACCUUCAAGAUCGACAUCGACCCCGACGAGACGGUGAAGGCACUGAAAGAGAAGAUUGAAUCUGAAAAGGGGAAAGAUGCCUUUCCUGUUGCAGGACAAAAAUUAAUUUAUGCAGGUAAAAUUCUCAACGAUGAGACUGCGCUGAAGGAAUAUAAAAUUGAUGAGAAGAAUUUUGUGGUGGUCAUGGUGACAAAACCUAAAGCAGUGACAACACCAGCACCAGCACCACCCACAGCUCAGCAGUCAAAUCCCGCCACCACUACCACCACCACCACCACCACAACAGUUAGCUCCCCUGCAGCACCACCUGUGGCCCAGCCCUCAACCCCCACCUCUGCUUUAGCUCCCACUCCCACACCUGCAUCCAUCACUCCAGCUUCAACCACAGCAUCUUCUGAACCUACAUCUGCUAGUGCAACCAAGCAGGAGAAACCUGCAGAAAAACCAGCAGAAACACCAGUGGUGGCUACCACCCCAACAGCAACUGACAGUACAUCAGGAGAUUCUUCUAGGUCAAACCUCUUUGAAGAUGCAACAAGUGCACUUGUGACAGGUCAGUCUUACGAGAAUAUGGUGACUGAGAUCAUGUCAAUGGGUUAUGAACGAGAGCAAGUGAUUGCAGCCCUGAGAGCCAGUUUCAACAAUCCUGACAGAGCAGUGGAAUAUCUCUUAAUGGGAAUCCCUGGAGAUAGAGAAAGCCAGGCUGUGGUUGACCCCGCUCCGGCAGCGAGUACUGUGGCUCCUCAGUCUUCAGUGGCUGCAGCUGCAGCAACUACAACGGCAACGACUACAACAUCAAGUUCUGGAGGUCAUCCCCUUGAAUUUUUACGGAAUCAGCCUCAGUUUCAACAGAUGAGACAAAUUAUUCAACAGAAUCCUUCCCUGCUUCCAGCUUUGCUACAACAGAUAGGCCGAGAAAAUCCUCAAUUAUUGCAGCAAAUUAGUCAACAUCAGGAGCAUUUUAUUCAGAUGUUAAAUGAACCUGUUCAAGAAGCUGGUGGUCAAGGAGGAGGAAGUGGAAGUGGCAGUGCAGGAAUUGCUGAAGCUGGAAGUGGUCAUAUGAAUUACAUUCAAGUAACACCUCAGGAAAAAGAAGCUAUAGAAAGGUUAAAGGCAUUAGGAUUUCCUGAAGGACUUGUGAUACAAGCAUAUUUUGCUUGUGAGAAGAAUGAGAACUUGGCUGCCAAUUUUCUUCUACAGCAAAACUUUGAUGAAGAUUGAAAGGAACUCUUUU